GUCCAAUACGAAGUGGAUGAAACAAGCCCAUUUGAGUCCACUUGAGUUCCAGGAGUGAAGGAGGAGGAAGAAGACGACUUUGGUUGUGGCCGUAGUAUCACCACUCACCAGAGAUAGCAACAACCUUUGUUACUGAUUGAAAUUGAAAUCGAACUCCAAAAAUUCAAAGAUGCUCCGAAUAUGGAUACGUGGAAGAACAUCAAAGACAGAGAAUCCGGAAAAUUGCGUCCAAAUUCCUUCGCUAAUCGCAUAAAAUCAAAUCGAAUUUCACAACUCGAGUUAUCAAAUCACAAAGAACUCGUUUCCCCUCACAAAGGUUCCAUUAAUUCCCUUCAAAUUGAUUUAACUGAAGGAAGAUAUUUGUUAUCUGCUGCAUCAGAUGCAUCCGUAGCGGUUUACGACGUUCACCGGCCAAGCGAUUUCAACGGAGAUGGUUUGAUAACGAAACACAAUUGUUUAUUUUUUGUUGAUAAGCAACACCAAUUAGCUCAUAAAUAUGCUGUAUCUUCAGCUAUUUGGUAUCCCAUUGAUACUGGUUUAUUCAUCACUGGUUCUUAUGAUCAUCAUGUUAAUGUUUGGGACACUAACACCACUCAGGUGGUGGUGAAUUUCAAAAUGCCUGGAAAGGUGUAUAAGACUGCAAUGUCUACAUUGUCAACAUCUCAUACACUUAUUGCUGCUGGAACUGAGGAUGUACAAGUUCGUCUUUGUGAUAUUGCUUCUGGUGCAUUUGCUCAUACUUUGUCUGGUCAUCGUGAUGGUGUAAUGACUGUUGAAUGGUCUGCUUCAAGUGAAUGGGUCUUGAUUACCGGGGGGUGUGAUGGUGCAAUACGUUUUUGGGACAUAAGGCGUGCUGGUUGUUUCCAAGUUUUAAAUCAAUCUCAGACGCAGCUUGGAAGACGUCCACCUCUACUCAAACGUUCCGUGCUAACUAAGGAAUCAAAUACAAAAAUGCGUCCUGUACAGAAGAAAGUUGCCAAUGGAAGUGGCAGUGGACAUCUGCCAAUUGGCAGGCUAUCAUCUAAGGGUCCAAUGAAGCAGAAAUUACAUCCAGGAAUGAUUUCUACUCAGGAUCGUGCAACUGCUCAUUAUGGUGCUGUGACAGGAUUGAAAGUAACAGAGGAUGGCAUGUAUCUCUUAAGUGCAGGGUCUGAUUCAAGAUUGAGAUUGUGGGAUGUUGAGUCAGGCUGCGACACACUUGUGAACUUUGAAACAGUCCGCUUGCAAACAAGCAAACCUAUUCAAUUAGCUACAACUCAAGACUCGACCGUUGUUUUUGUUCCAUGCAUGAGGGUUGUGAAAGCAUUUGAUAUGUGGUCUGGGAACGCACGUACGAUACUACGUGGACACUAUGAGUCUGUAAACUCCUGCUGGUUUAAUCAACAAGAUCAGGAGUUGUACACAGGUGGAAACGAUAGACAAAUUCUUGUAUGGUCGCCUGCAAGGUCAAUUGCUGAUGAAAUGGGCGAAGGAGAUCCCGACGACCAGGAUAGCUGGAGUAACUGAGAUUCACCUUCACUUGUGUUUCACAUAUUUUCCUAAUUUAUAAUUGGUGUGCAGUUUGUAUUUUGCAUGUUUGUGGGAUGUGUAAAUAAGGUUUGUUCUGGUUUUGGAGCAGAUGUGAAACACGUAGGACAUAACUGCAGAGUUGUAUACUAGUAGCUCAUUGCCUUUGUAGAUAGAAUUAGUUUUCCCUUUCUCAUCCUGUAGACUUUGGCAAUGUAAAUAUUACACGUUUGUUUCCUUUAAUUUUUUUAGGGGAGUUUCCUUUCUUUAAUGUUUUUUCAAAAUAAGGCUGUAUACACAUGUCUGUACCCAAAAAAAAAAGAUGUAUACAUAUGUGCAAUUUUAAAUGACUUUGAUAUUAA